UGUUCUAGCAGCGGUUAUCCACACAAGCAAGUGUUCCUGAUGACAGCGAUGGUGUGUUUGACAUCGAAUAACGGACAAACUCAACAAGUACGAGCAUUAAUGGAUUCCGGAUCGCAGAUAAAUCUACUUGCUGAACAUGUUGUGCAACGGCUGAAACUUCCAAAAUAUUCGACCAAUGUACCUGUUAUCGGUGUUGGAGGUAGCAGAUCCCAUAUCCGUCACAAGGUGGUGGUACGAAUGACAUCCAGCUGUAGUGAUUUUGCCACCAACGUCGAAUGUCUCGUUACUCCGAAGGUGACAGGCACCAUUCCGUCUGCACGUGUGAACAUUGAUUCUUGGAACAUCCCUCCCGGUAUUCUACUGGCUGAUGCUUCAUUCUGCAGUCCAGGUGAAAUAGACAUGCUGAUUGGAGCUGAAUUAUUUUUCCACAUCCUAAUGCAAGGUCAGAUAAAGAUGUCCAAUCGAUUGCCGACGUUGUACGAGACUCAGUUCGGAUGGGUUGUAGCCGGUUCAUACGAGGAGCCAGAGGAAGAUAAUCCAGUGUGUGCCAACAUUGCUAUGACUGACGGUUUGGAGGCGUGUAUGCAACGAUUUUUCGACCAGGAGGAAAUUACCGAAGCCGCUAUUAUGACCAGCGAGGAGCAGCGUUUCGAAGAACAUUAUCAGCGAACUUACCGUCGCGAUGAAAAUGGAAGAUUUGUGGUCCAGCUACCCUUUCGUGAAUCUGUGAACCAACUAGGAGAUUCCAGGUCGUUAGCCUUGAAACGGUUCCUGCUAUUGGAAAAGAAAUUGGCGAGAAAUCCUGAUCUGAAAACUCAAUACGCAGCCUUCAUCGAAGAAUAUAAAACCCUUGGUCAUUGUCGCGAGAUAAAAGAGGACGAAGAUUCAGCAGGUAUCCAGACAUAUUAUUUGCCUCACCAUUGCGUCCUGAAGCCAUCGAGUAGCAGCACCAAAUUGCGCGUGGUAUUUGAUGCGACAGCGAAAGCAAGUGGUCUAUCCCUGAACGAUGUGCUGAUGACUGGUUCGAACAGUCAAAGUGACUUGUUUUCCAUCGUGUUACGUUUUCGAACCCACAUUAUAGUUUUCUCUGUGGAUGGUUCGAAAAUGUACAGGCAAAUUCUUAUAGAUCCGUCCCAAACGCGGUACCAACGAAUCUUUUGGCGUGGUAGUCCAUCAGAAGCGCUACAAGUUCUGGAGUUGCUGACCGUUACUUAUGGGACUUCGGCAGCUUCCUUCCUUGCGGUGAGGUCACUAAUCCAGUUAGCUCGUGAUGAGAUAGCUAAUCAUCCAGAAGCGGCCGAGGUAAUCUUGUACGACUCGUAUAUGGAUGACAUUUUGUCUGGCGCAGAAACAGUUCAACUAGCCAAGAAGCUACGUCAGGACCUUGAAAAAUUAAUGCUGAAGGGUGGAUUUCCGGUGAAAAAGUGGUGCUCUAAUUCGGAGGAAGUACUAGAUGGAAUUCCUGAGGAAGAUCGUGAAACCCUAGUAUCGAUCCAGGAUUCCAGUGCCAACCAAGUCAUCAAGGCUCUAGGUCUCCUGUGGGAUCCGAAGAAAGACCAGUUCCUGUUCCGUGUAGCAGUUGAUCCUGUAGAAGAUAGUAAACAAGUGACGAAGCGAUCGGUCCUAUCCCAGAUAGCAAAAGUUUUCGACCCCUUGGGACUGUUAGCUUCCGUGAUCGUCGAAGCGAAAAUGAUAAUGCAGUGUUUGUGGGCCUGCAGUGUAGGAUGGGAUGAUCCGCUUGAUGGUGAGAUUCUUCACCGAUGGGAAGAGUUCCAGACAUCCUUAGAUGAACUGAGCAACAUAGAGAUUCCGAGGUGUGUCGUGAUUCCAGAACCAGAAGCCAUAGAGGUUCAUGGAUUCGCCGAUGCUUCCCAGGCAGCAUACGGAGCCUGUCUGUACCUCCGUUGCAUUCGACCAAAUGGAUCAGCUGUAUCUCACCUCCUGUGCAGCAAAUCCAAAGUAGCCCCACUCCGUGCGAUGACCAUUCCAAGAUUGGAGUUGAGUGCCGCCUUAUUGCUUGCUAGGUUGGUAGAAAAGGUAGUUCCGAUGAUGAAGGUUUCGAGUCGACAAGUGAAGCUGUGGAGUGACAGCCAAAUAGUACUGGCUUGGAUCAACAAACCCUUGGAUCGGUUGCAAGUGUACAUUCGCAAUCGUGUAGCCGAAAUCAACCGCUUGACUGAAGAUUAUCAAUGGAAUUAUUCAAGAGCAAAGUGGACCAAAAAGCAGCCUAACAUCGAAAUUGGAACUGUAGUUCUGUUAGUCGAAGAUAAUCAACCAUCACAAGCUUGGAAACUUGGACGGAUCAAAGCUGUCUAUCCAGGGAAGGAUGGAGUAGUGCGGGUUGCUGAUGUAAAGACAACGACCGGUGUGUAUCGGCGAGCAGUGAGUAAGCUGGCACCACUUCCUCUGCAAGACGACAACGUACAACAUUCAGAUGAUUUGGAAUAACAUUCCAACGGGCGGGAGUAUGUCCGCGAUCAAACGCUCCCAGCGAGAAGUGAAAUUUCCUACGACGCAAUUUGUUUCUAGAACAUUCCAUGCAAAGAAGAAGAAGAAUAUUUUUUCCUUACGACGGCGCGUGUGAUUGGUGUUUGGUCGGGUCGCGAGUGUGUAUAUAUACCGGGCCUGUUCACGCGUAUCGUUUAUUAGUAAACCAGCAGUCUACAAGUGACUUAAUACAGAAGCAGUAACAGAAGAAACCGGAAGCAGACUAGCAGCAGCAAUAACUGUACCCAGCGGUGCUGCAUUCAGGAGCAGCACUUCCCUGUAGAGAACAAUAAAUCAAAGUAGAGCAGCAACGAACUUCUUUCACUAGUCCAUCCUGGUCAUCCGUGUCCUUCAUCGGUUCCGUGGUAAUUGUGUCACAAACGGCCCUUUUCAUGGCCCCAGAUCUUUCUUCUUUCGUGAUGCACAUUACCCUCGGGCCAUUACUACACUGUUGGCGUUCCGAUCCAGUCCACACCUGAUUGCAUUGUGUUCAU